AUGACGACCCUCGGCGAGCCUCAUCAAGAGCGCCGGAUUGGAAUCGACUCGGUUGGACCAAACAUCCACAGCAGAUACGGAGCCUCGGACACACGUUCUAGCAGCAACAGCCAUGAGUCUCAUUACGGUUUGGUUGAAGAAGACGUCCAUAUUUCUCAGCCGUUGCGGAGCGUAUGGGAAGACUGGUCCGGUCGGGGACCCCACGUCGAUUUCGUCAAGACCGAGACCAUUCCUCUUCAGCGAGGCAGACUCCUCGGACGCGGCGCCAACGGAGAAGUGUACGAGACGAGCUGCCAAGGCGUAGCGUUGGCAUUGAAGACGAUAUACUGCCCCCCAGGAUUCGACUCGAAGCAAAGACGAAAAGAGAUAGAGAUAAUAAAGAAGCUGAGCCAUCGGCACAUAGUAAAGCUUGUAGGGACGUAUACGCAGGGUCCGCGCUUGGGACUCCUCCUAUGGCCGUCGGCAACCUGUGAUCUUGCAACACUCCUCGACGACGUAGACCGGCUAUCUCGCAGCGUAGACGUUGAAGAAGAUGCGGACCGGGACAUGGCAGAGGAUGCCGAUACCAAGAGCCAGCGGGCAAUACGCUUCCAUGGCCUAGGAGUGAGAAACCCAUACAAAAGCCGGCAGCUUCAAAAUGCCAGACAGCGAUUGUAUGAAAGCCUUGGAUGCCUUGCAAGUGCCAUAGACUACCUGCACAGCUGCUGUGUCCGCCACAAGGACCUCAAGCCGUCCAAUGUACUGUUGUCACGCGACGGCCUCUGGGUUACAGACUUCGGCACCUCAACAGACUUUUCGACUCAAUCCAGCAGCCUCACUGCGAACGGCGAACGAGGCACGGCCAAGUACUUCGCUCCGGAGGUAGCCGCUUACGAGGCCAGCGGGCGCGCUGCGGAUAUGUUCUCUCUCGGCUGUGUCUUCCUCGAAGUCUUCGUCGUUUCUGUCGGCAGUUGCAGUCUAGAGGAGCUGAGGGAGCUGCGUCCGGCACGCGAUCGAUCAUACCAGGCCAACCUAUUCCAAAGGGACAACUGGAUCAGCCUUGCCAACUCUCGGGCUACAGCUUACGAAAAGUUUCUCCUAACAGAAAUCAGGCAACUGCUCCAGUUCCAUGCUGUCGAGCGGCCUACGGCGCGGGAGCUUGCACGGCAGAUGGUGUCAAUCAACACAUUUGAUCAGAUAGCCCACUAUCGGUCGCUGUUUGGGAAGUGUUGCGCGACUGAGUUGAGAGAUAUUCCCGGGCCUCCAGGAUGGUUGGGUGUUAUUGAGUGA